AUGACUUUGCGUGAAGAGGCGUCAACAUCUUCGCUGGAGCUGGUGUCGAUACGCCUGGAGCACGUUGCUAGGGCAAUUCAUGAGGACGCUGCUGAAGAAGUAGCGAAGGAAGAGGCGUCUGUGACGCUGAUAAGAUCGAGGAAAGUACCCCUUAGAGAACGAAGAGGCCCGCUAGCGCAGCUAACACUAAUUCCAGAGAUCGAAGACGCUCGAUGUUUCAGCAGGUUCAAGAAGUAUACCAUCUUGACAGUGAUAGUCAUUGCCUCUUUUUCUGGGCCCAUGGGCACCUGUAUUCUAUAUCCAGCCUCGCACGAUGUGGCAAGAGAUUUGAAUACGUCAGAGGGCAUUGUCAAUGUGUCCGUGGGGACUUAUGUGGUGUCGUUGGGGAUCUUCCCGCUCUGGUGGUCUAGUAUUUCAGAGAAGCACGGCCGCCGUGUGGUGUAUGUCACGUCGUUCACCUGGUUUUUGGCAUUUUGCAUUGGUUCUGCAUUAUCUCCAUCAAUUGGCGUACUCAUAGCGCUACGUCUUUUGUCUGGAGCUGGCGCAUCGUCAGUGCAAGCUUGUGGUGCUGCUACGGUAGCCGACUUGUUUGUCCAAGAAGAGCGUGGGUUUGCAUUAGGGCUAUUCUACUUGGGCAAUCUCCUUGCCAUCUUUGUGUCCCCCGUUUUAGGUGGUGCUGUUACUGAAGCCUGGGGCUGGAGAGCUACCAUGUGGGUUAUGGUGAUUGUGUGUGGGUUAGUGCUCGUGUUAGUGCUUUUCUUGCUUCCUGAGACUUUACGUAAGGAGGAUUCCAUGGCCUUGAUCAUGCAGCAGCUCCAGAACUCCCUUGAUCCUCCUGAAGAUGCCAAUGAGCAACCUGUCAGUCUCACUUUGACCAGGGAACGCUCAGUGCAUCUGAUGACAGGUGCAGAAGCAUCAGUUCCGCCUGAAAGGUACCUCACAAACAAUUCACAACACUCUCACAGACUUCAAGAGCUAGCAAAGAAAGCUUCGCAUGAGGCGACACAUGCAAAAUGGACUACUCAGCUAUAUGAUUACAUUUGCAGGCCCCUUCAUUCCUUGGUGCUCCUCACGUAUCCUCCGGCCCUCAUAUCGAUCAUGUACUCAUCUAUUCUUUUUGGCGGAAUGUACUUUUUCAACGCCAGCAUCACCUACGAGUAUGGUAGGCUGCCUUACAACUUCAGCUCCGUCAUCAUUGGUCUCAUGUACAUCCCCAUGUCUGUUACCUAUGUCCUUGCCUCAGUCUACGGCGGGAAGUGGCAGGAUAAGCGGCUCAAACGCUAUGCCAGGCUCCAUGAUGGAGAGUUGGUGGCAGAGUCACGAAUCUCUUGGAAUUGUGUCAUAGGCGUCAUUGUCUACCCCAUCUCAUGUUUGAUCUUUGGCUGGUGUAUUCAUUACGGUGAGCACUGGGUGACACCUUUAGUGGGAUUGGCAUUGUUUGGUGCUUCCUACAUGCUUCUUGUGGGUGUGACGUUCACCUACGUUGUUGAUGUGCUUCCGGGCAAAGGUGCAACUGGCGUGGCUCUUAAUAAUUUGAUACGACAGCUUCUCGGAGCGGUUGCCAUCUUCGUCACGGUGCCCCUUAUAGAUGCGUUGGGCCUGGGUGUAUUAUUUUCCAUUAUCGCUGGCGUUAUAUCAGCAUGCAACCUCAUGUUGCUCUACCUCAAGGUUUAUGGUCAUAAACUUCGGCAAAAGUACAAUCUCUCAGACUUCUACAAGUGUCUCUGA